AAAGCUAAUCAACCCCUCCCACAACCUCUAGAGAAAUAUCACGAGUAUCAACACGAGGAACGAAAGACGAGGGAUACAAAGACAAAUACAGAAACGCAAUAUGCAUAUUCAAAGUAUUCCCAUGUGGGAGGGGAGCUCGAAUAAUUAUGCGUAUUUGGUCGUGGAUGAGGGGAGUAGGGAUGCGGUUGUUAUUGAUCCGGCGAGUGCGGGGGAGGUCGCACCAGUUUUAAAAGAACAAAUUAAGGAUGGAAAGAUCAAUUUAGUAGCGAUUGUCAAUACACACCACCAUUGGGAUCAUGCAGGAGGAAAUAACAAAAUGGUAACACCUCUCCCCCCAUCUCCUUCAAAGGCAAUUCCAGCUAAUACCAUCAUUCAGCUCGCCGACCCAGAAUUCAAAGGAAAACCUGUAAUUGGAGGUAAAGAUUGUGAGGGAGUUACAAAGACACCCAAGAAUGGAGAGGGUUUUACAAUUGGAGAGAUAAAUGUCAAGGCACUUUACACACCAUGUCAUACACAGGAUAGUAUUUGUUGGUUCAUGGAGGAUAAGAGUGGCAAGGCAAUUUUUACGGGUGAUACUUUGUUUCAUGGAGGAUGUGGAAGAUUCUUUGAAGGAACAGCAGAGGAAAUGCACACAGCGCUUAACAAGACACUUGCAGCUGUACCCGAUGACACAGUUGUUUAUCCCGGCCACGAAUACACAAAAGCCAAUGUCAAAUUCGCCGUCUCCGUUUCCCAAAGUGAAGCCGUCAAGGCUCUCGAAGCAUUCGCAGAUGAGAAUAAGGAAACACAGGGAAAAUUCACAAUUGGGGAUGAGAAGAAACAUAAUGUCUUUAUGAGAAUGGAUGAUCCGGAGAUUCAAAAGGCUACGGGGAAAACGGAUCCCGUGGAGGUGAUGGCAAAAUUGAGGGAGAUGAAGAAUAAUUUCAAAAACGAAGAAAUGGCACAGCAACCUCUCUCGCAUGGUGCACCGGGUGAGGAAGUGAGUGGGAAGGAUAAGAUACUCGAGACAGGAGCAAGCAUAACGCAAGAUUUUGCCCCGGUCAAAAAGAUUUGUGCGCAUCUUAAUGCGUUUCAUGUUUAUGCUGGGGAGCCGGGGAGGAGUGUGGAGGCAAAUCAUUAUUGUACGCAUUUGAGUGGGGAUGUUCGUCAAUGUCUCAUCUACGAUUCCCCAACAAAUCCAGCAAGGCUGAUUGGAGUCGAAUAUAUGAUCACCAGGAGAUUGUAUGAGAAAUUGGAUGAGGAGGAGAGGAAACUUUGGCAUUCGCAUGAUUAUGAGGUCAAAUCCGGAAUGCUCAUUCUCCCCAACCCGACAGUCCCAGAUGCAGUCUGGACAGUAGCAGAAACGGAAGAAAUGAAAGAGGUCAUUGAGUUGUAUGGGAAAACAUUCCAUUUCUGGCAGACGGAUAGGGGAGAUGAGUUACCGCUUGGCAUGCCGGUUUUGAUGGGGAGUUUCACGGCGGAUGAUCAGGUACCAUGGGAUAAAGUCAAAGAGAGAGAUGAGAGAUUUGGUGUUGAUACGCAGAAGAAAAGGGAAGCGAGGAAGGGGAUUGAGAGCGUGGAUAUUCAUGAGGAUGCUGAUCAGGUUUGGAAGAAGAAAUGA